CUCGCUAUCUCUGCCCCUUCCACAUCCUUCUCCCCCUCAACAGUUGCACAGUACCCGUUUGAAGACCACAACCCUCCCCAGUUGGAGCUAAUCAAGCCGUUCUGUGAAGAUCUGGACCAGUGGCUCAGUGAAGACGACAAUCACGUGGCGGCCAUCCACUGUAAGGCAGGCAAAGGUCGCACGGGGGUCAUGAUCUGCGCCUACCUUCUCCAUCGUGGCAAGUUCGUCGAGGCCCAGGAAGCUCUCGACUUCUACGGGGAAGUCAGGACAAGGGACAAGAAGGGAGUAACAAUCCCCAGCCAACGGCGCUACGUUCACUACUACAACUACCUACUGAAGAACCAGCUGGAGUACAAACCGGUGGCCCUGCUCUUCCACAAAAUGGUGUUUGAGACUCUCCCCAUGUUCAGCGGGGGCACCUGCAGGGACAGUACCGUAAAAAACAGGAGCGAGCCGACCCCUCAGGGCUUCAAGAAAGGGAAUUGGCACUGGGACCCCCAGUUCGUGGUGUACCAGCUGAAGGUGAAGAUCCACACGUCAAACCCUGCUCACACGCGGCGCGAGGACAAGCACAUGUACUUUGAGUUCCCUCAGCCGCUGCCCGUCUGCGGAGACAUCAAAGUGGAGUUCUUCCAUAAACAGAAUAAGAUGAUGAAGAAGGACAAAAUGUUCCACUUCUGGGUGAACACGUUCUUCAUCCCGGGUCCAGAUGAGGAGAAGAAGCGCGAGGAGAACGGGACGGUGGUGAGCGACAUGGACUGUCAGCAGCAACAGCCUCCACCGGGCCCACCAAGCAACGCCGAGCGCAGAGACAGCACCAGAGACGGAGACAAGGAGCGUGUCUGGGACAGGGACAAAGACAAGGACAGGGACAAAGAGAGGGAGAAGGAGCGCGACAGGGACCGGGACUACCUCAUCCUGACGCUAACCAAGAACGACCUGGACAAGGCAAACAAGGAUAAAGCUAACCGCUACUUCUCUCCAAACUUCAAGGUGAAGUUGUACUUUACAAAAACUGUGGAGGAGCCCACGAAUUCGGAGGCGAGCACUUCGACAUCAGUCACCCCGGACGUUAGCGACAAUGAGCCAGACCAUUACAGAUACUCUGACACCACUGACUCUGAUCCGGAAAAUGAACCUUUUGAUGAAGAGCACCACACACAGAUAACCAAAGUGUGAAUUCUUUUACACAACAGGAAGAAGAAAUGAUCCACCGAAAAAAGGAGAAAACUUGAAUAUAAACUCUUCCCUCCCCCAGACGGCAAUAGAAUAUCAUCAUGUCAAAUGCCAACUUUAGGGAAAAAAGAGAAAUAUCUCGACCAAUAUAUUUUUUAUUUUCCUUUUUUUCUUUGGCACGGCCAUGUACCAUGUGCGAGGUAUUGACACUGUUGCCCCAUGGAAAAGGUGCUGUAGCUUAAAUGUGUUUAUAUAUAUAUACAUACACAUAUGUAUAUACAUAUAUACAUGCAUAUAUAAACAAACUUUUGUGUCAAAGACAAUGGAAAGAUUACCACAAUCAGGAGACGGGAGUUGAAGUCUGGGAGAAGUUGUAAUGAUGUACUAGGACUAUGCUGCUCCUUCUCCUGUCUAAACCAAGGCCAGUGCUGCAAGUCACUUUGUUUCACUCCUCUCUCCUCCCUCCCUCUCUCCUCCUCUUUUACUCUCCGCCCUCCAUCCUCCUCCUUUACUGUGAAUGCUUCUUGUGCUCUUUGCAGGCUGUCUCACGUGACUUUUGGCCUUUGUGCAGUGCAAACUGCAUGCGGGCAGUGGGUUGGGGGUGGGCGGGGUUAUGAAGAGGCUGUGAUGAUGUCUAAAGCAUUGCCAUUCCUAUCCCCACUGUGUUUAAAUUAUGCAGGCUACCCAUGUAAUUGUCAAUGUUUUUUUAUCAUAAAAUAAUAAAAAUAUAAUACACAAAACAGCAGGGAGACAAGUGUUUGCAAUAAUGUCAACACUACAUUUAAAGGACUGGUGAUUUGCAUGUACUGGAAUUGGCGUCCAUCCUAAUAAAUGUAUGCAAAGUUGUCUUUUCUUAAA